GUUCGCCGCUUGAGAAUUAUAUCCGGCCGAAUAGCAUAAUUUUUGGAUUUACAAUUCCAAAACAAUCCACAAAGGAUUUAAAAACUAUUUUCCAACGGAUUAUGUUUUAUAUAGUGGAAUUCGGCAAAGAAGAACACUAAAGUACACUAAAAGAUGAUUAAAGGAUUUCUGGUCAUUGGAUACAUUUUAUCAUUAAUCAGUCUAAGUUGUGCUCUGGUAGAGGAAAUCAAGCCACCCGAUGAAUUUUCAGCAUGUUUAAAAGAAAGAUUGUCAAAAAAUAAUCCAACACACACAUCUUAUGAAUCACUAAAUAAUUUCUGUAUAAGUAGCAAUCGAAAUAAGCAAACAGCUAAACUUGAAGGCCAGCAUUUAAAUAUAUCAGUAGAGACUGUUAACUGGAUUAAUGAACUUCUUCGCAUGUCGGAAGUAGAUAUACACGAAAGAGCAAAACGACAAGCUACACAGACAAAUGAUACUAUUCCUAUCCCGCCAUAUUUACGGUUUGUUUUUCCAAGUCAAUUUGGUACUCCAUUGUAUCCAAUAAGUUUUAAUACAGAAAAUCAAGCUCAGCAACAAAAUAAUGCGCAGCAAUCCGAGAGUGACUCACAAGGUCAGCAGACGAUAGUACAACCAGCCUCUGUUCAGCAGAAUCCACAAUUACCAGUACAAAACAAUCAAAAUAUUCAAAACCCUCAAAUACAAGCACAGGUGCCACAAAACACACAGACAGCACAAGGACCACAGAACCAAUUUCAGAACGUACAGAUUCCAGCUCAAGGACCACAGAUUCCCUUCCAACAACAACAGAUUCCAGCAGUUCAAAAUCUACAAUCGGCUCAGAGUCCCGCAGUUCAAAAUCUACAAUCGGUCCAGGGUCCCGCAGUUCAAAAUCUACAGACAGUCCAAAGUCCUGCAAUUCAAAAUCUACAAGCGGUUCAAAAUUCUGCAAUUCAAAAUCUACAAUCUGUUCAAAAUCCUGCAAUUCAAAAUUUUCAAUCAGCCCAAGCACCUGCUCAAUUUGCUGCAAACCAAGUCCGACAACCACAGAUAGUAAGACCACAGGUCCAACAACAGCCAAUUAUGCCACCUAGAAGACAGCUACGAGUACGAAAAGAGUAUAGACGUCUCACAGACCAGGAGCGUGCAAGAUACCACAGGGCGAUUCUAAUGAUGAAAGCCGAUACGAGUGUUCCACCUAAUAGAUACGAUGCAUUAGGUCUGAUUCAUUUCCGAAUGGUUGACAACAUACAUCAUGGCGGUGCCUUUUUAGCAUGGCAUAGAAUUUUCAUCACAAUAUUUGAAAAUGCCCUUCGACAGAAAGUGCCAGGUGUAACGCUCCCUUAUUUCGAUUCAACGAUGGAUGAAGCUAUGGUAGACGAGACUCGAACGAUCAUGUUUUCACCAUCUUUUCUUGGGAAUGGCAAUGGUUUGGUAACUAGUGGUCCUUUUGCCUACUGGCAAACACCAUCAGGUCCAUUGAUAAGAAAUGUUGGCAACCCUGGUGGAAGUCUGUUCUCAAAAGACGAAAUUCGAAGUAUUUUGACAAGAACUAGAAUUUCAGAAAUUUUGGAACCCGGUGCUUCGAACCAAUUCAAUCUUGAGAAUAUACAUGGGGAUGUACAUACAUGGAUAGGAGGUCAAAUGGAACCAAUGGAAACAUCAGCUUUUGAUCCUAUUUUCUACAUGCAUCAUGCAUUUGUUGAUUAUGUGUGGGAAAUAUUCAGAGGUAAUCAGAGACGGAGGGGUAUCAACCCUACUCAAGAUUAUCCAACUAAUUAUGGCGCCGAAUCGCAUGGGCCAAUGACUAGUACUGGAUUCGGCAACUUAGUCAAUUCUUUUGGUUUAAGCGAUAUGUUUACGUCAGAGGUUUACACUUAUGAGCCUAAUCCCUCGUGUUCUUUUAAUAAUGCAAAUUGUGGAUCCAACUAUUUGACGUGUGAUAUAUCCAGUGGCACUCCAACGUGUAUUCCAAUAACAUUUGGUGGAGGACAACAGAAUGCACCACCUGCAGGACCAAUGGCACCUGGCGGAUUUGGUGGGGUUGGUGGACCCAUGCUUCCAGGUUUCAUGCCAAAUGCUUUUGUAGGUAGAAAGAAACGAGCUGUGGAAAAAAUUGAAAAAAUGAAAGCCAAGCGUCAAUUGAAAGUAAAUCAUACCUCACAACUAAAAAGUCCAUUUAGUAGUGAUAAUGAAUGUCAUGCUCCUUCAGAUUCAAGCCAGAAUACAUUUGCAAUUGAUGGAAAAUCCGAUACUAGGAAAUGGGUCUUUAUUCCAAUCAAGAUAGUAAGUAAACGAUCACCUGAAAGUAAAAAUUUCCGUGCUUUUCCGAUAUAUGAUGGUGUUCCUGCAAGGGAGUUUGAUAUAUAUAGUCCAGAGUCGUAUCCAGAGAUCAGUUCUUACUUUGAAGAUGAGGUAAUGCCACAAUCAAAACGAUGUAUACAGUCGAAAGGAAUUGGCAAAUCUGUAGGUCGUAUUCAUAUCCGUUCGGAUGGUCUUAACUACCGUGGUACAUACGACGAAUACGUUAUCGUUGACCUUCGACAAGCCUUUAUGGAAUCCAUGACUUAUAUUGCAUUGCGAAAUCCGGAGAAAGAAUAUUCAGAGGUUCUUAUUUCAGCAUACGAUUCUUGUGGAAGAAAGUGUAAAGCUUUCUGUCGAAAUGAGGAAGGUGAUACAUCAGCUUUCCAUGAAUGUGCGGGAUCCAUCCGGGUCACAAAUCAAGCACCGUACGGCUUUGGGAAGAAUUAUGGAUCAGCUGUGGACAUGUCAUGGAAUAUAAAAAGCAAAGCAUCCAUUCCAGAAUUUAAGAAUGAUUCAGUUCAUGUUCAGUUUUUCUGUGAUCAUCGUGAAUACUAAUAUAUUUAUUUGUUGGGGUACAACUUAAAAAUUAGAGGAAACAAUAAAAUUAGGUACAUAUUUACCAGA